AAAUACGUAUUUAAAAAAAUACUCCGACAAAGUGAUAAACAUAUUCGAAAAUUAAUUAUGGAAUCAAUGUUAUUGAUGCCACCAAAAUCAGUACGAGGGAUGACUGAACUUGAUCGAAAUAAAUUUAAUAAAUCUAUUAAAGUUCCAAAAUUAGAACUUGGAAAUUCAAAUACAUCAUCUAUUGUACCAUAUAUUAAGAAAUAUUUUUUGAAAAUGGAAAAUUUAAAACCUAUACAAAAUGGUAACAACACAUCUGAUAACAGUAAAACUGCUUUAUUAAAUCCACUAUUAAUAAAAAAUUGGGUUGAUAUAGAACCCACAAGUAGAGAAAAUCUAGUGGCCUUGGGUGUAAAUGAAAAGCAUUUUAAAAUAGAAGAGUUAAUUUUAACGUAUGAUAACUGGCGUCCUGAUGAAAUUUUUAAAAGUGUUUUACCUUUAGACAAAGAAGGGAUUUCAAGUUUCUCAAAAAUUGGACACAUUGUGCAUGUAAAUUUAAAAGAUCAUUUGUUGCCUUACAAGACGUUAAUUGGACAAGUUCUUCUAGAUAAAGUCAAAGCAUGUCGCACUGUUGUAAACAAAAUAGAAUCUAUAGAUACUACAUUCAGAUUUUUUAAAAUGGAAAUUCUUUGUGGGGAAGAUAACAUGCAAUGUCAAGUUAAAGAGAAUCAUUGUCGCUUUGAGUUUGAUUUUUCAACUGUUUAUUGGAAUCCACGAUUAUGUACAGAACAUGAACGCAUCAGUAAUAUGCUUAAAGAGGGAGAUAUUUUGUACGAUGUUUUUGCAGGGGUUGGCCCAUUUGCAAUACCUUGUGCAAAGAAAAAAGUUGUGGUUCUUGCUAACGAUUUAAAUCCCAAUUCAUAUAAAUGGUUAAACCAGAAUGCAAAAUUAAAUAAAAUUAAUGAACAUUACUUAAAAACAUUUAACAAAGAUGGCCGUGAUUUUAUUGUAAAUGAUUUAAAAAAUGAUUUAGUAAAAAGAUUAAAAGAUAAUUCAGUUGAUAGUUCGAGCAGAAUACAUAUAACUAUGAAUUUACCAGCUUUGGCCGUAGAAUUUCUAGAUGCGUUUCAUGGAUUAUUUUCAACUGAAGAUUUAUUCGAUAUUAAAGCUUUAAAUCCACUAGUUCAUGUUUAUUGCUUUGCACAAAAUGAUUUUUCAAAAAAAAUUGCCCAAGAAAGAAUGGAAAAUCAUCUAGGACAUCCAAUUGAUAAAAACUUAUGUGAAUUAUUUCACGUACGAAAUGUUAGUCCGAAAAAAGAUAUGUGGCGUGUAUCGUUUGAAUUAACUAGUGAUAUACUAUUUGGAAAAAAUUCUAAGAAAAGAAAAAGUACAACAGAAGCAAUUACAGACACUAAAAAAAAUUGCCAUGGCACGAAAGAAAAAGGGAGCAAUUCAAGCGAAGAAGAACAAAGUGUUUAAAGUUGGUGGCGCAAAAGCUAAGGCUAAAGCUAAGCCAGUUAAGACUAAAUUAAAGAAGAUAAAUGUAAGCAAAAAAGUAACGGAAAUUGA